GGUGUUCCCAAGCACCUCCCGCAGGCGUUCCAGGGGGAGGGCUGGGCUGGGCUGGGCAGGUGAGUCAGCCGGAGGCUCCCGUGUGCCAGAAGAGGGGCCGUGUCCCUUUAAAGACAUGUGAUACUUUCCUCCCAGCCGGGGGAUGCAUUGAAAUAGACUCUUCGGUACUUACACCGCGCUGUAUAGGCGAUCUGUGCUUUUCCUACGUACAUCUGCUCUUACUCCGCUCUGAGUGCAUUGGAGGGAGACAGAUAUAUAGGAAAGGGGAGAGAGGGUGGAGGGAAAAAAAGGAGAGAGAGGGGUGGGCUGGUCUGUCAUUAAACAUCCACCGAUCCUCCUCUCCUAAGUGCCCUGGAAGCCUGCGAAUUAUCUCAAGAUCACUUGAAAGGUCUCAUCGAGCAGAAGGUGUCGCUCCGAGAUGAUUUAAAGGUGAAAAUGACAGGCUUCCCACCUCUCAAAGCUUGGCUACUUUUCUGACAGCCUGGGAGCGAGAGAGAGAGGGAGAGAGGCAGAGAGCGAGAGAGCCUAGAUGUCUUCUUUACUCUUGGAAUAGGAUUGCCAACGAGACACAGAGACACAAACCAAAACCCCGGUUUUGUUUUCGUGCGUCCUCAAGAAAGGCUGCUGUCGAAGAUUGCUGGGCGGAACUGCACGAUCCCGUGUUGUGGUGCAGAUGGAUUUUUUGGGGGAAAGUGUCCAGUCUUUCCAAUGAACGCGAACCGGGCACUGUGCUUUGGGUUGGAAUCCUCAGAGAACGGCCAUGGUCUCUGCAAUGUCCUGGGUCCUGUAUUUGUGGAUAAGUGCCUGUGCCAUGCUGCUCUGUCAGGGCUCACUUCACCACACCUUCCAGCAGCAUCCUCUGCACAGACCAGAAGGAGGGACGUGUGAAGUUAUAGCAGCACACAGAUGUUGUAAUAAGAAUCGGAUUGAAGAGAGAUCACAAACAGUAAAAUGCUCCUGUCUACCUGGGAAAGUGGCCGGGACGACGCGGAACAGACCGUCGUGUGUUGAUGCAUCAAUAGUCAUUGGGAAAUGGUGGUGUGAGAUGGAGCCAUGCCUAGAGGGCGAGGAAUGCAAGACGUUACCUGACAACUCAGGAUGGAUGUGUGCAACCGGCAAUAAAGUCAAGACCACCAGAAUUCAUCCGAGAACCUAACAAAACAUCUUCCGACAGCAGCCAGUGAAGGGAACCCCUGAAAGAUAAGAGGACAAAAAUCUUUAAACCAUCUCCAGCUUUUACAAGCCAAAUGGGAUUUUUUAUUUAUUUAUUUGCACUUUAACUCUGUACCAGAGGAAACUACAGUGGUUUACUUGUGCGGAGUCAGAUGCCCUAGAAAAAGCAGCGCACCAGAUUUGACAACAGUGAACAGAAAAGAGGGUGAAAGGAAAUAAGGAAAUUAAAAAGCAGUUACUGAGAAGCAAGUUUUCUGAUGUUGGAAUAUGAACAACAGACCUAUAAGUGUGGAUCUACAAUUUUUCUUUGUAUCAUUAAAAUAUAUAUAAAUAUAUGAGAUAUUUUGAAAUAAAGCCUGACUCUUAACAAAAUAUGAGCAGAAUCCACACUUUGCUGCAACUGCUUUGUAACCUUUUUUUAAAAAAAACGCACAGACGUUUUGGAGAUCAAGAAGACAACGGGAAAAGAACAUAAAGCAAGAUGACUUCUGACAAAAGCACUGGGAUGUUGCUUCUUCUUUUUUAUUAUGGUUCCUAUUAUUUCAACUGGACAUUCAAGGAAAUUCCACCAUUCCAUUUUCCUGUGUUCUGAAGUCCUUUUUUCUUCUUCUUUUCCUCCUCGUGCAACAAUAGCAUGCUGGCUUUGCUUACAUUAACCAUACUUUAUACUUAAUUGAUAUGUAAUACCAGUUCUACUUUCUUCCAAGGACGUCUUUUGUGGGGGCGGCACCAGUUGUCCCACAGAGAAGAGAAAGAUGACUCUUGACACUUGGGGGGGAAACACACAGUCUACGUUCAGAGGUUUAUUUGGCAGACUUUGGGUAGACUGCGAGCUACCUUAUUAAAGAAGCACUGUACAGAUCAUUGUCUACAGACUUUGUAUAGCUGGUAUAGACAAUCCUAGUAAAAAAAGAAAAGAAAAGUUGGUUGCUAACUUCAA